AUGGGAGGAGUUCCCGGUUUCUCCGGCUGCAUAGAGCACACCAGUGCUAUCACACAGCUAAUAAGUGAGGCAAAGAAAGGGAGGAAGGAUCUCACUGUAGUUUGGCUCGACUUGGUCAACGCAUACGGGUCCAUUCCACACCAGCUCAUCUAUAUAGCCCUACGACACUACCAUGUGGACGGCCACAUUCAGAAAAUCAUCAACAGUUACCUGGAUGGAAUCAAGCUCCGGUUUACUGUUGGUGACCAGCUAACCAGAUGGCAGAAGUUGGAGAAGGGAAUCGUUACCGGCUGCACGGUUUCCGUGGUGCUCUUCAUCAUGGGGAUGAACCUGCUGAUAAAUGCUGCCCAACGUGAGACACGUGGACCAAAGACAGAGUCAGGAAUCUAUCUCCCAUCUAGCAGAGGCUUCAUGGAUGACCUCACAUUGACGACAACGACACACGUCCAAGCUAGAUGGAUGUUGACAGCCCUGACGGAUGUCGCUUCAUGGGGAAGAAUGAAGUUCAAAGCAGCAAAAUCCAGAUCUCUUGCCAUAAAGAAAGGACAGACAACAGAGAGGUUCAAACUCUACGUACAGAACGAAGAGAUUCCUUCCAAAGUGACGAGUCCAAUAAAAUGCCUGGGCAAGUGGUUUGAUGCAAGCCUACAAGAUCGCGACAAUGUCAAGAACUUAAAGCAACAGGUAGAGGAGGGUCUCAGGAAGAUAGACCGCUGCGGACUACCCGGCAAGUUCAAAGCCUGGCUUUACCAGCAUGCACUGCCCCAAAGACUAAUCUGGCCGUUGAUGCUUUACGAGGUACCCAGCACAACAGUGGAAGCCCUGAAGAGAAUCACUAGUCGACACCUCAGGAAAUGGCUAGGAGUUCCACCCAGCUUUACCAGUAUUGGACUUUAUGGGAAGAGCAACAAGUUACAGCUCCCGCUAUCUUCACUGGUAGAAGAGUUCAAGACAGCAAAAGCAAGACUUGUGUUGACCUUGAGGGACUCUCCGGACGAGUUCAUCCGUGAGGCAGGGAUCCAAACCCGAACGAGCAGGAAAUGGUCAGCGACAGAGUCUGUGAGCCAGGCAGAGAACGCGCUCAGGCACAAAGACAUUGUCGGAGUGACUGCAGUUGGACGUGAAGGAAUUGGUGCGAGAAAGGUGGUACUGUGGAGCCGAUCAGACCAGAAAGAGAGGCAAGCGAUGAUUCAGUCUGAGGUCAGGAGGGCGGAAGAAAAUGCCAGACAAGCAAGGGCUGUGGAGAUGGGAGCGCAUGGAGCAUGGACCACGUGGAACACCGCAGACAGGAAGUUGACCUGGGGAGACAUCUGGAAGUAUGAGCCUUUUCGGUUUUCCUUUCUCCUCAAGUCUGUCUAUGACCUACUACCAUCCCCAGCGAACUUGUGCCGAUGGGGACUCACAGCAGAGCCAAAAUGCAGCCUGUGUGACAGAGUAGGCACCCUAGAGCAUGUUCUGUCAUCUUGUAGUACAGCACUGACACAGGGAAGAUAUAGAUGGAGGCACGACUUGGUCCUCAGAGAGUUGGCUGACUGGCUAGAGAAUGAAAGGAAGAAGGAACAUGACGACCCUUCGACCAGAUAUUGUACUGUGGUCAGAGACAGGAAAGAACUCGUCACCUUAGAGCUGACAGUUCCAUGGGAGGCAAGAUGUGAAGAGGCCUACGAGCGGAAGAAGGCCAAGUACACAGAACUGACGGAUCUGUGCAAGCAACAAGGCUGGCGAACUUGGCUAUUUCCCGUGGAAGUUGGCGUUAGAGGAUUCUGUUCCCAGUCCGUGCACAGGCUGAUGACAGCAUUAGGAACAACUGGCAGGGAGAGACGAGUGGCUAUCCAGAGACUGAGCCAAGCAGCCGAACGGUCAUCAAGCUGGCUGUGGCUGAGGCGAGAGGAGAAGAGCUGGAGGCAAUCAACCAGCACACAGUGA